UUCCUACCUCCCCAGCUAGCAGCAACAACACACUGUCUGGUUGGAAGAUUUGAUCGCCAAUCGUCACUGCUAGCAAUCCUCAGGUCACAGUGCCAUGUUGCAAAGGUUCGCGUUGUGUUCCCGCCUCCGAUCCAGGCCUGCUCAGGCUAAUGUCUGCCCUCUCAUUACCCGGGCAGUGUCACAGACUAAGUUCCCGCUCACCCGCUCUCAUGGAAAGUCGUUUGCCCACCGCAGUGAGCUGAAGCAGGCGAAGCGCGUGGUGGUGAAGCUGGGCAGUGCUGUGGUGACCCGGGGGGAUGAGUGUGGCCUGGCCCUUGGCCGCCUGGCCUCCGUCGUGGAGCAGGUGGCGGUGCUGCAGAACCAGGGCAGGGAAAUGAUGAUCGUCACCAGCGGGGCCGUUGCGUUUGGGAGGCAGAGGCUUAGGCAUGAGAUUCUACUCUCUCAGAGCGUCAGACAAGCCCUGCACUCCGGACAGAACCAGCUCAAAGAAAUGUCUGUCCCAGUGCUGGAGGCCCGGGCCUGUGCUGCUGCCGGCCAGAGUGGCCUCAUGGCCUUGUAUGAAGCCAUGUUCACACAGUACAGCACCUGCACCGCACAGAUCCUGGUGACCAACCUGGACUUCCACGACGAGCAGAAGAGGAGGAACCUGAACAGCACGCUGCAUGAGCUGCUACGGAUGAACAUCGUCCCCAUCAUCAACACCAACGAUGCCGUGGUGCCCCCGCCUGUGCCCAACAGCGACCUGCAGGGGGUAAAUGUCAUCAGCAUCAAGGAUAAUGACAGCUUGGCAGCGAGGCUGGCUGUUGAGAUGAAAGCUGACCUCCUCAUCGCCCUGUCAGAUGUUGAAGGCCUGUAUGACAGCCCCCCAGGCACAGACGAUGCAAAGCUGAUAGACAUCUUCUAUCCAGGAGAUCAGCAGUCCAUCACCUACGGCACCAAGUCCAGGGUGGGCAUCGGGGGCAUGGAAGCAAAGGUGAAGGCAGCGUUGUGGGCGCUGCAGGGAGGUACGUCGGUCGUCAUCGCCAACGGCACCCACCCCAAGGUCACAGGUCAGGUCAUCACUGACAUUGUGGAGGGUAAGAAGGUGGGCACCUUCUUCUCAGAGGUGAAACCUGCAGGCCCAACGGUGGAGCAGCAGACAGAGAUGGCCCGGCAGGGAGGGCGGGCUCUCGCCUCUCUGCUUCCUGAGGAGAGGGGAGAGAUUAUCUGCAGGCUGGCCGACCUGCUGACGGAGAAGAAGGAGGAGAUCCUGAAUGCUAACAAGAGAGACAUGGAGCUGGCCACAUCAUCAGGUCGUCUUUCCGCGCCCCUGCUGAACCGUCUGAGUCUGUCCUCCUCCAAGCUGAACAGCCUGGCCAUCGGUCUGCGCCAGAUCGCUGUGUCGUCCCAAGAGAGCGUGGGCCGGGUGCUGCGCAGGACCCGGCUGGCCAACAACCUGCAGCUGGAGCAGAUCACCGUGCCCAUCGGGGUGCUGCUGGUCAUCUUUGAGUCCCGGCCAGACUGUCUCCCUCAGGUGUCAGCCUUGGCCAUCGCCAGUGGAAACGCUCUGCUGCUGAAGGGUGGGAAGGAGGCAGCCAACACCAACAGGACCCUGCACCAGCUCACACAGGAAGCGCUGUCUGUCCACGGGGUGAAGGAAGCCGUUCAGCUGGUGAGCACCAGGGAGGAGGUGGAGGACCUGUGCAGGCUGGACCAGCUGAUCGACCUGAUCAUCCCCAGAGGCUCAUCCCAGCUGGUGAGGGAGAUCCAGCGGGCAGCGAGGGGCAUCCCCGUGCUGGGCCACAGCGAGGGAGUCUGCCACGUGUAUGUGGAUGCAGAGGCCAGCAUCGACAAGGCCCUGGACAUCAUCAAAGACUCCAAGUGUGACUACCCUGCUGCCUGCAACGCCAUGGAGACGCUGCUCAUCCACAGAGAUCUGCUGAGGACACCUCUGUUUGACCAGAUCAUAGACAUGCUCCGAGUAGAGCAGGUCAAGAUCCAUGCAGGGCCAAAGUUCGCGUCCUACCUCACCUUCAGCCCGUCAGAGGUCAAGUCCUUAAGGACAGAGUACGGGGACCUGGAGUGCUGCAUCGAGGUGGUGGACAGCAUGCAGGACGCGCUGGACCACAUCCACAAGUAUGGCAGCUCCCACACCGACGCCAUCGUCACUGAGAAUGAGGAGACAGCGGAACAGUUCCUGCAGCAGCUGGACAGCGCGUGUGUGUUCUGGAACGCCAGCACUCGCUUUGCUGAUGGCUACCGCUUCGGCCUGGGGGCGGAGGUUGGCAUCAGCACGGCCAGAAUCCACGCCCGCGGGCCUGUGGGUCUGGAGGGGCUGCUCACCACCAAGUGGGUCCUGCGGGGGGACGGACACACAGCAGCCGACUUUUCAGAGCAGGGCAGCAUGAAGUUCCUCCACGAGAACAUCCCUGUUCCUCAGAGGAACCUCAGCUAGGAACCAUGCAGGUUCUGGACAGGAUCACCCGGAAUGACUAAUAACCCAGAGGUUUGUUAGCUCUACCAUACUGAACUCCUCCUGUUACUACAGACUGCUAACAUAGACCCCUCCUGUUAUUACAGACUGUAAACACCCCCCCCCCCUCCUGUUACUACAGACUGCUAACAUAGACCCUCUCCUGUUAUUACAGACUGCUAACAUAGACCCCCUCCUGUUAUUACAGACUGCUAACACAGACCCCUUCCUGUUACUACAGACUGCUAACACAGACCCCUUCCUGUUACUACAGACUGCUAACACAGACCCCCUCCUGUUACUACAGACUGCUAACACAGACCCCCUCCUGUUACUACAGACUGCUAACACAGACCCCUUCCUGUUACUACAGACUGCUAACACAGACCCCUUCCUGUUACUACAGACUGCUAACACAGACCCCCUCCUGUUACUACAGACUGCUAACACAGACCCCCUCCUGUUACUACAGACUGCUAACACAGACCCCCUCCUGUUACUACAGACUGCCAACACAGACUGUAAACACCCCCCCCCCCCUCCUGUUACUAAAGACUGCUAACAUAGACCCCUUCCUGUUACUAUAGACUGCUAACCCUAACUGCUAACACAGACCCCUCCUGUUACUACAGACUGCUAACAUAGACCCCUUCCUGUUACUAUAGACUGCUAACACAGACUGCUAACACAGACCCCUCCUGUUAGUACGGAUCUGAAGACUGUCGUCUGACUACAACACCCAUCCUAGACCAGCUGUUGUUCUUUCUGCUGCUUGUGUGACUGGGAGCUGCCAGGCCGGCUCCACUGAGCUCCUCCUGAGACCCUCUCCUCGGGCCCGGAUACCCGGACAGGACCUGGGCCUGCUGACAGGAUCAGGAGGCCUUCUGGCCUGCUGACAGGAUCAGGAGUGUGUGCCUGUGCGUGUGGACACGGCUGAGCUGGCCUCGUGGAUGUUACUGAUACUCCACCAGCUCCUCGCUCGGUUCCUUUGAAAUAGUGAAAGCAUUCUACUGUCGUCAUGGUUAUGUGGACUGUUUGAGUGUAAGGGGUUUGUACAGUAUUUUGUCAAGUUCAUUACAACAUCUGGGAAAGUCUUUGCUGAAAAUAAGUUUUGGUUAUUGUCUGCCUUCAGAUUUCAAUAAAUGUUCUUCUGAACAGUUCCAUA